CCACUCACUUUGCCUUUUUGAGAGAAAUGUGACUCUCAUGCCAGGGAAGAAGGUUGAUCCAUGAAGGAACAUUUUUCCUUUAUGAAACUGGAUGCUUAUUUUACUUUUCACCAAUUCCAAAUGUUGAAGUUAUACAUCUUGCUCAGUCUGAUGUGCUGGACGAGUUCUGGUAAAGGAACAGGAUGCCUUAAGUUCAGUGAUCUGAGUUUAGGAGAUGCCUUCAUUGAUUUGUUUAAGCCAAGACUAAAAUCAACAAUGAUAAUGUACACAAAACCACUCACUAAUUGUGGGGAACCUGUGUUUGAACAGAAUCACAUACUCAAUUCUAAUUUCAACGUAACUAAGAAAACUGUCUGGAUUAUUCAUGGAUACAGACCAACAGGCUCACCCCCGAGCUGGCUUUUCACCUUUCUUGAACGUUUGUUGAAAAAAGAAGAUGUGAAUGUAAUUGUAGUAGACUGGAACCGGGGUGCUACAACUUUGAUUUAUCAAAGAGCUGUUCAAAACACCAGAAAAGUUGCCGUAUUUUUAAAGGAACGUAUUGAUAAAAUGUUGACAUUUGGAGCUUCUCUUGACUCAUUUCAUUUUAUAGGAAUGAGCCUCGGGGCUCAUAUAAGUGGAUUUGUUGGACAAAUGUUUAAUGGCCAACUGGGAAGAAUUACAGGUCUUGAUCCUGCAGGUCCAUUUUUUUCUGGGAAACCACCACAUAAGAGAUUAGAUUAUACUGAUGCACAGUUUGUUGAUGUCAUCCAUUCUGAUAGCAAUGCUCUUGGAAUCAAGCAACCUUUGGGACACAUAGAUUUUUAUCCAAAUGGAGGAAAAACUCAACCUGGCUGCCCAAAAUCAAUAUUUUCAGGAGCUUCAUUUAUUAAAUGUGAUCACCAAAGAGCUGUUCACUUAUUCAUGACAUCCUUGGAAGCAAAAUGUGAUUUAACUGCAUAUCCUUGCCAUUCACACAAAGAUUAUAGGAAUGGUAAAUGUACCAUUUGUGAAGGGUUUAAACCAACAUCAUGUCCCAAACUAGUGUAUCAUUAUAUUCUUGAUAUUGUUAUUUUGGAGAAUGUUACAAGGGGAGGUUAUAUGAAAAUAAAAUUAAUAGAUAUAUAUGGGAAAGUGGAAGAAUCAAAAAUCAAAAGUUUCAUGACAACACAUCCUAUCUACGAAGAAGUCAGUAUUCUUGCUGGAUUUUACUAUGACUUUAAAGAUAUUUCAAAAAUCGUUUUGACAUAUUCUCAAAAGAAUUCAAAACUUAAGUAUCCUAAACACAAACACAAGAUUCACCAUAUCAAAUUAAGAUCACUUACAAAUCCAGAAAGACCACAGCUUUGCAAGUAUGAUUUUGAACUGAAAGAAAAUGUGGAAACAACACUCAAACCACAUUGCUGUACUCCAACAGACAUACAGAGAAAGUGAUAUUUCACAAUAAAUAUGGAAAUAUUGGACUUUAUAUUUAUUGACAAAUUAUGGUGAUGGGGAUGUAUAGUAAUCCUUGGCCUGUCCUGAGAUUUCCGUUUCCAGAAAGAAUCAUUCGAUAUGAAAUUAAAAUGAUCCUCUAUUUUGGAGAAACAUUGGGAAGUCAAUGGAGAAAAUAAUAAAACAAAAUGGAGUUUCUGAGGAUAGCAUGUUAUUAUUUAACUCACUUUUAUAUUAUGUAUUCCACAAUUAAAUAUUGUUAAUAAAUAAAAAUAUAUUUGAAUAAGGAAUGGAGAUCUUCAGAGUUCCCUCUGAGAGAAUUCAUUAUGUUGUCUAAAUGAUUCCCAGGCAUUUUUAGUAUCCUAUUGUGGUAGAAUAAAUUAUUGUUGUUGUUAAUAAUACAUUUGGAUAGUUUUAAGGUUUAAAAAGCACAUUAUUUUUUAUUCCAAGAUUCUGAUUCUGUGAAGCCAUUGGAAUGAAGAUUACUAUAAUACCAAAAAUACUAGAGGGGGCUACAUGUUGGUUGAGUAGGAAUAGCUAAACAUAUUACAAUUAAAAAAAUAUAAAUGUAACUGAAAAUAAAAUGAUUGAUUUGAAGAAUUCAAAGACAUGGUAGGAAAUAUGAAAUGAUAUAUAACAAGGAAAAUAAUAUCAAUGUAAUACAAUGGAAAGGGCACUAAAUUUGGAGGUAGGGAACCUGGGCUUACCUCCCAGGUCUGCCACUUCCUUUAUAUUCUCUGGACCUCAGCUUUCUCAUCAAUAAAACAAGGUAGUUUGAUUAA